UUGAACGUAGGUAAUAUACUUUGAUAAGUGUCUCAUACAACCCCAAUUAAAAAAUAAUAAACAUAUUACUCUGCCCCCCCCCUCCAGUUAUGCACCCCUGGUGUUUGUACCACCUCUCACCCCACUAGGCCACAUUAUCUGAACCGGGUAUUUGCAUCUUGCAAAAUGCUGGACUUUUACAUCCUACGUGGAUUUCCUGUUUUUUAGCGGACCAAACUGCAAAUUCAUCAAAUUCUAAGGACAAUGACUCAGUAGCUUGAGUCGGAGGCAGCCUGGAGCGACAGUGUGAUCUGCUCUCCUCCACAAGGGCAGCGCAGUCUCACUUCCGAGCGCCUUCCUCGCCUUUUUCUCCACGGCGCAGUGUACCUUUAAAAGGUUGAACUCUCCAGUCUACGGUCUGCGAGCUCUGGAUUGUUUCCCCACUCGGCUCAGCUGUGUGUACCUUCCAGCAGUGACAUGGCAUAGAGGCGGUGAGCUGUCAGCAGCAGCAGCAGCAGCAGCAUCCUGCACCAUGGACGCUCUCCGACAGCCGAAGCGCAGCGGAGCCUUGGACACGAUGAUGCCCGUUUGGAUCUUAUUGAGCGCGGUGUCCGGGGGGCUGAAGGCGGAGGACGGCGGAAUAGAAGAACUUGCCACCGAGAAGGAGGCUGAGGAAAGUCACCGACAGGACAGCGUUAAUUUGCUGACAUUCAUUUUGCUGCUGACCUUAACGAUUCUCACCAUAUGGCUCUUCAAGCACAGACGGGUCCGUUUUCUGCACGAAACCGGACUGGCAAUGAUUUACGGUUUGCUGGUAGGUGUGAUUCUGCGGUACGGCAUCCCUGCCACCAGCUACCACAACAAGACACCCCCGAGCUGCUCGCUGAAGGAAGGACCUGUCAGCACCCUGCUGCUUAAUGUCAGCGGCAAGUUCUUUGAGUACACCCUCAAAGGGGAGAUCAACUCCAGGGAGAUUCACAAUGUGGAGCAGAAUGAUAUGCUGCGCAAGGUGACAUUUGACCCUGAAGUUUUCUUCAACAUAUUGCUGCCUCCAAUCAUUUUCCAUGCUGGGUACAGUCUAAAGAAGAGACACUUCUUCAGGAAUCUGGGCUCCAUCAUAACCUAUGCUUUUCUUGGCACUGCCAUCUCAUGUUUUGUUAUUGGGAAUUUGAUGUAUGGUGUGGUCAAACUGAUGCAAGUGGUCGGACAGCUGACUGACAAGUUCUACUACACUGACUGCCUUUUCUUUGGUGCCAUAAUCUCGGCCACAGACCCAGUGACGGUGUUGGCCAUCUUUAAUGAGCUCCACGCAGAUGGGGAUCUCUACGCUCUGCUGUUUGGAGAGAGUGUUAUGAAUGACGCAGUGGCCAUUGUGCUUUCUUCGUCAAUUGUGGCUUACCAGCCCAGUGGAGCGAACACACACAUGUUUGAUGCCUCAGCCUUUUUCAAGUCCGUGGGGAUUUUCCUGGGUAUCUUCAGCGGCUCCUUUGUGAUGGGUGCAGCCACAGGAGUCGUCACCGCUCUCGUCACCAAGUUCACCAAGCUGCACUGUUUCCCGCUGCUGGAGACGGCUCUCUUCUUCCUCAUGUCCUGGAGCACCUUCUUGCUCGCCGAAGCCUGCGGGUUCACAGGCGUCGUGUCCGUGCUGUUCUGUGGCAUCACGCAGGCUCACUACACCUACAACAACCUCUCUGCGGAGUCCACCAAACGCACCAAGCAGCUCUUUGAGGUCCUUCACUUCCUGGCUGAAAACUUCAUCUUCUCCUACAUGGGUUUGGCUCUGUUCACCUUCCAGAAUCACAUCUUCAGCCCCAUUUUCAUCAUUGGAGCUUUUAUCGCCAUAUUCAUCGGAAGAGCUUUCAACAUUUACCCGCUGUCCUUCCUUCUCAACCUCGGCAGACGGCACAAGAUCAAAGGAAACUUCCAGCACAUGAUGAUGUUUGCAGGUCUGCGUGGGGCGAUGGCGUUCGCCUUGGCCAUCCGGGACACGGCAACUUACGCCCGUCAGAUGAUGUUCACCACCACGCUGCUCAUCGUCUUCUUCACUGUCUGGGUGUUUGGCGGUGGGACGACACCCAUGCUGUCCUGGCUGCACAUCAGGGUUGGUGUGGACCCAGAUCAGGACCAGCAGUGUGGAGACAGUUUCCAGGUCUUACAGGGGGAUGGCGCCCAGGCUGAAGGACAAAGUAAAACCAAACAGGAGAGUGCCUGGCUCUUCAGACUGUGGUACACCUUUGAUCACAAUUACCUGAAGCCCAUUCUGACACACAGCGGUCCGCCUCUCACCUCCACUCUGCCCGCAUACUGUGGGCCGCUGGCGAGCUGUCUGACCAGCCCCCAGGCGUACGAGAACCACGAGCAGCUGAGGGACCCUGACUCUGACCUCCUUCGCAAUGACGCCGACCUCACCUUUACGUUUGGUGACACUGCCAUCACAGCUAACGGGGCGUCCGGUGGCGGCGGCGACGCAGCCGGGGGGUCAGGCUGGAGCGCCAACGGCAAAAGGAGCGGCAGCACCUCAGAGGAGGCACUAGAGCGUGAGCUGGACUCCCGUGAGCAGGAGCUGCUGAGCCGGGGCACGCGCCUGGUUUUCCCCAUCGAGGAUCACAUCUGACCCUCCCCUCCACGUUCCCUACCUGACCCCCCACCCACCAGACCGCCUCGCCCUCGGCUCUCCUGCGGGCAGAGCGUCCAGUCCUUGGGAGAUAAGAGAGAGGAGACGUGGGAGCAGACAAGAGGGGAGGCUUCAGAGCGACCCCCGAGCAGCUCACGGAGCAUUUCAUCCUCAUCACAGAGCUGGAGUUCAUCCUCCAGGAGACGCGUGUCCUCCAGUCAGGAGAUCAGCUCUCCACGCUGAUCCUUUCCAAACAGAAGGAAAUCUUCAUGCAGUGUGAGAAAUCAAGCAAGAUUCAAUCUGCACUUUUGAACACGUGACACAGCCGGAGGGGAAAAGAAGAAGAAGAAGAAAAAUUGCCCGGCAGCGUUCUCUCUCUCAUCAUGUGAUCAUCUGAGAAAAGUGGCUUCUUCACAAUCACGCCCCAUCUAGAUGCCCAUAAGAUCUAACCAAACUUUAGAUAGUUUCUACGUCAAACAAGAGUCCUCUGGUAUAUUUGUACCGUCCGUCCGAAGCUGCUGACAGACAAGUUUGUCCUUUGUCUCACACAAAAGCGUCAGUGUGUGGAGGAGAUGGAGGAGCGCAGAGGGGGACAGCGAGUGCGCUCCUCUCUCACGGCUGAAGAAACAGGGGCGAAGAAUGUGAGCAUGUAAAUAGCUACAAUGCCGAGCUUUGUUCCUCUCGAGUGAGACCGCUUCUCUCAGUGCAUUACGUCCCAUGACUGUUACUAAUAGCAUCUGUGUAUCUCGUCUUUGAACUGGAUCUUUCUCUGCGUACUGGGCUGCUUUUCAUAACAAUACCAGGAACACGGAACGGAAAUAUUUGGAUGCUGAUUGUAUUGUUUCUUAUGAGAUAACGACGAUUUCCCCGAAACUCUAAAAGCAGACAUGAGAUGUUCACUCUAAUGCGGUCAAAGAGCAAUUUUAACCCUAUUAAAUAAAAAGCAGGCCUCCAUCAUAACUUGGGACCUUUUGAAAAAAUUCUAUAUUCUUUACCGAUUUUACACAAAUAUUUAAAAUGAUCAGAUGCAAAGCUGCAAAAAUUAGUCAAUCAAUCAAUUAGUCGAUCGGCAGAACAUUAAUUUACAACAAUUUUGAGCAUCAAAGUCAUUAUUUUUAAGCAAAAAAGCCAAACAAUUCCAGGUUUCAUGCUCCUUAUAUGUAAGAUUUGAUGCUUUUCUUUGUCAUACACGAUAAUAAACUGAACAGUUUUGAAUUUUUGGACUGUUGUUUAGAUAAAACACAGUUUUAACAUGUCAGCUUGGGCUUUGGGAAAUCAACAGUGCAUUUUUCGAUAUUUUCUGACUUUUUCACUGGCAAAAUGAUUAAUUGGUGAUAAAAAUAGUCGCUACUUGCAGCCCUUAUCAGAUGCAACCAUUCAAAAUGUAAGAGAUUAGUAACAAAUGUCCUUCAAGAUUUAUCAGACCCCGAGCUGACCUUUGUUUUGUUUCGUCCAACCUACAGUCCAAAAAUCCCAAAAUACUGAAAAGAUGCAAAGUACGUCUUCAAACUCCAAGAUCAAUACUUUCAACUUAACUACCGAAUCCUAAAAUGCCAAAUAAAAAAAAGCAGUCGCUGAUACCAAACGCCGACCAUCUCUCACGCGCACGUAAACCCAGCGAGCGGUGCUCACAUCAGCAGUUUUUAAACAUUUAAACAAAGUGUGUGUGCGCUGUUUACCUCCAUAUUAGCUGUAGCUGUCCUCAUACAUCACCAGUAAACAGAUUAAUUAUGGGAUACUUAAUAAUCUAGUGUCUUGCGUGUUCCUAAAGUAGUUCAUCGGUUAAGCAGUAAUAAUUAUUAACGGACAUUCAAGAGAUUCCUUAUUUAUGUUGUACUGUUCUUUAUUUUGAGGUCAGAUUUGUUUUUGUUUUUUUGCAAAGAAAAAAAAUCACAUCAGUAGACUGAUUUAUUAUAGCAUGACGCAAUUCUGAUAAAUGUAUUUAGGGUAGGUCAAAGUAAUAGUUUGACAUUUUGGGAAAUAUAAAUCAAAGACACUUGAUGUUGGAGGUAUAAGAUGGUAAAUCAAAUACUCUUUCAUUUUUUGGGCAUUUUUGCCUUUUUCAGACAGGACAGAGUGACAGUGUGGAAGGGGGCGCCUGCUUUAACCACUGAGCCACUGGACGCCCCAAUCAGAUACUUUUUAAAAUGAAAUAUUUGGGGGAAUAAGAUGGUAAAUCAAAU